AUGAUUUUGACACAAGGUCCCAUUCAUUGGAAGACACUUCCAAAAUCGGUAGAUGACGUAGAUGAGUGUGCCCAGGGAGUUGAACCUUCACGACCACCGUACUCUACAAUGGACAAGUUCCUCCAAAUGAUUGUUCAGACUAAGGCAACGGAUGUUGUUAUGCUCGGCGACUUUUAUGAAAACGACGUUGUGCUGCGGACUAUUGAGAUUACGUCCAAUUUCAGUAAAUCGAAGAAAGAAACUCACACAAUCAGACACUACUUUUACAAAGGAUGGAUUGCACAAAAUGGCCCAGAAUUGUCCAGAGAAAUUUUGAACGUUUUCAAAGCGGUCAGAAAAUCGAAAUCGGUUGUUGUUCAUUGCUCGACUGGAAUUGGACGUGCUGCGGCGUUUGCUUUCACCGAGCUCGCCUACCAAACGAUGAUGCUUAACAUGAGACAAACUCCGACGGUUGGUUUGGACUAUGUGAAGUUGAUUCAAGAUCUGAGAAGUAUGCGAGCCGGAGCCAUCUACACACCGAUGCAGCUGGCAUUUUCUAUCAUUAUGUUGUUGGAUUUCGUAUUGGAGAAUGAACUCAGCAAGGAGACGAACAUCAAGUAUCAACAGAUCAGAAAUUCUUAUUUGGACUUGCGUAAAAGAAAGUACAGAACAUCGGAAGAGUAUAUGCCUGACGGCGGAAAAACUGUGGAUAUCGAUCUUAAUGAGGAGGGUAACAAAAGAAAGCCAAAGCCGAAGCAACCGAAGGAGAAAAUCACGCACCAAUCACUAAUGGACAAAAUUGUGAAGAUGUUGGAGGAUUUUAACAAGAACAUGAAAACAGCGAGAGAUGAUGAAAAGCCAGCCAAAAAUAUGGCCUAA